CCCAUAAACACUGUUUUCGGUACCCCAAAGCUUCAAUCUCAAGUUCUCAACCAACCGUUCUUCCCUCUUCCUAUACCUUCCAAAACCCAGACUCCCAUAUUCCGCCAUUUCUCUCCACUCCAACAAAAGAAAACUGACCCUUGUUUUUUCUCCUGCUGUUUCGGAGCAUUUUAACUACCCACCAUCAGUUUCUUUUUUUUUUCCUCUCACUAGAAUGCUCCGCUGUGGAAUGAUGGUGGCGGUUGUGGUGGCGGCGGCGAGCUUGUACGGAUCCGCCGACGGGCAGAUGCACCACGUGGUGGGAGGGGAUCGGGGGUGGGAACUUGCUACCGACUUGGCGUCUUGGAUCGACGGCCGGAGUUUCAGGGUCGGCGACAGAAUCUGGUUCGCCUACUCCGCAGCUGAGGGUGGAGUCUAUGAGCUCGGGAGCAAGGAGGAAUACUACGCGUGCGAUCUCGCCAACCCGAUCAAGAUGUACACGGACGGUCUGAACAGCGUCCACCUCACCGGGGAAGGGAUCCGCUACUUCGCCAGCGGCAACACCGACAGCUGCAAGAGCGGCCUCAAGUUACACGUGGACGUGCUUCCUCAAGAAGAAAGUGACCAAACUGUCCAAUCGUCGACGGUUUCCGUCUCGUUUCUUGCUGCUGGGCCGACGACUCCUUCGGGAUCGGGCCGUUUUGCUGGAAGCCUUCUCGUGGCGGUAGCCGGAUUUGGGCUUUGUUUUAUGGGCUUGUGAGUUGGGUGUUACCAUUUAUAGGCUUGUGUGUUUGGUGUGUGGUAUAAUAAUGCCUAAAGUGCAACCACCAUGAACUAUUUGUAUUUUGCUCUUCCGAUUCACGGAUAUGGUAAAUCCAAAGAGCAUAUGUAUUUGAGAAAUUGUUAUUUGUAAGUGUGCCUUCUUAAUAGUUAGUUA